GGGGGGAGGGAGAGAAAGAGAGUAGAGGAGAUACCGGCAUAGGACGUGAAAAGCCAUCCAGCCGUUGGUCGGGUGAGACGCAACAAGAAAUCAGAAAUUAGCAAGAAUAGUAAGUAAGAUUAGCCUCCAUUACUGGAUGGAACAAUAACGGCAAGGCUGGGAAAAACUCUCACGCGACCAAGCGAGUUUAAACUGUUGGAUGUUACCCGAGCUGAAGCGGUUUGUUAGCGUGUUAUCACUUUGUAAUUAAAUCCAAAUUAAGAGCUGGGCUUCGGGUGGUGGAAGUGAAACUAGCUAGCAACGUCCACUGUGGAUUUAAAGAACCGAGACGUUGGUUGAAUUUCAGCGGGACGGGUGACAAGCUGUGAUUCAGACUCACCUGCUAGGACUCUCCUCCGCCACCUCUAGACCUCCACACCGGGGGUAAAAACCACAACCGAGCCUCUUGUAUCUGUACACCGAGGAGAAGGCGGAGGAGGAGGAGGAGGUGGAGAGGGAGAGCACGGCUGGCACAAAGAGCGGAGAGCAUCCAGAGAGAGGGGAGGAAGGAGGACGGGACGGAGAGAGCGCGGUGAGGACAACAACGGGGACCCAACAGAGAGCAUCCCUCUUUAACACCCCAUCUGCACAGACAACACUCCGCACAUAAGCAUCAUCUGAAAACGGGAUCCUGCACGCUGUUUAUCCUCCAAAAGGGAUACCUGCUCCUGAUCUGUUUGUCCCUCAGCCCCUGCAGUACCCAGUCCUCCUCUCCACUCUGUCCUGAUGAAGGAGGCCGACGCCAUCAAGCUGUUCGUGGGGCAGAUUCCCCGGAAUCUGGAAGAGAAGGACCUCAAGCCUAUCUUCGAGCAGUUUGGCAAGAUCUAUGAGCUAACUGUGAUUAAGGACAAAUACACUGGCAUGCACAAAGGAUGUGCGUUUCUGACGUACUGUGCGAGAGAGUCGGCACUGAAAGCCCAGAGUGCUCUACACGAGCAGAAAACACUACCAGGGAUGAAUCGGCCAAUCCAGGUGAAACCAGCUGACAGCGAGGGCAGAGGAGGUCUCUCAGAGGACAGGAAGUUGUUUGUGGGCAUGCUGGGGAAGCAACAGAGCGACGAGGACGUCAGACGACUGUUUGAGCCCUUUGGCAGCAUAGACGAGUGUACUGUGUUGAGAGGACCCGACGGCACCAGCAAAGGGUGCGCUUUUGUAAAAUUCCAAGGACACGCUGAAGCCCAGGCUGCCAUCAACAGCUUGCAUGGAAGCCGCACAAUGCCUGGCGCGUCGUCCAGUCUGGUGGUGAAGUUUGCCGACACAGAGAAGGAGCGGGGGCUGCGGAGGAUGCAGCAGGUGGCCUCCCAGCUCGGCAUCUUCAGCCCCAUGACCCUCAACUUCCCCGCCUACAACGCCUACACGCAGGCGGUCAACGCACAGCUUGUCCAACAGCAGGCCCUGGUUGCCCAGUCAGCGUACUUGUCUCCUGUGGCAACAGUUGCCGCCGUACAGAUGCAGCAGAUGGCGGCGCUCAAUGCCAACGGAAUCAUUGCCACACCCAUUACACCCAUCACGCCGUCCUCGGGUACAAACACUCCGCCAACUAUCGCAGCGACGCCUGUGGCAGCUCUCCCUCCGCCCCUAGGAGUGAAUGGUUACAGCAGUCUGCCAGCCCCCACCAAUGGACAACAAGCAACAGAAGCACUAUACACCAAUGGCGUUCACCCAUAUCAAGCUCAGAGUCCGGCAGCGGCUCUGGACCCCCUACAGCAGGCAUAUGCUGGCAUGCAGCACUACACAGCGGCAUACCCUGCUGCCUACGGAUUGGUCGGGCAGCCGUUCCCCCAGCAGCCAACACUGGUUGCCCAGCAACACCAGCAGCCCCAGCAACAGCAGCAGAGAGAAGGUCCAGAGGGCUGUAACAUCUUCAUCUACCACCUGCCUCAGGAGUUCAGUGACUCUGAGAUGCUGCAGAUGUUCCUGCCCUUUGGCAAUGUCAUCUCAGCUAAGGUGUUUGUCGACCGUGCCACCAACCAGAGCAAAUGCUUCGGAUUUGUGAGUUUUGACAACCCAGCCAGCGCUCAGGCCGCCAUCCAGGCCAUGAACGGCUUCCAGAUCGGCAUGAAAAGACUGAAAGUGCAGCUCAAAAGGCCCAAAGACGCCAACCGCCCAUACUGAGUGACAGCUGAGACGAAGGAGAAGAACUAAAGAGAGGUGACCUUUCAGAGUCCAGCCGAGGUGGAAUCCCAGGGUUCAUAGUGCUUUCAGACUGUCUGCUACCUUUGAGCGUCCGGGGAGUGCAGCCACACACACAUACACACACUCACACAAUACACAUGCACUCUCAACACUGAACCUCAAACGGUACAAGGCUGAUAUACAAAUGUACAUAAAGUGCACAGAUACACACACACACACACACACACACACACACACACACACAUGCCUGCAGACACUCACACACGGUUCACACGAGUCAGUAAUCUUACCCAUACGGCCGAGAGCUUGGUUUGACCACGGUCUGUGUGUCGCCAACAGGGUGUUUAGUUCAGUUAAGACAACUCAGACCGAGCAUGUAUGGAAGGUACUGAUGAAAAAUGCUGAUAUAUCACUUCAAUAGACUUUAACGUGUCUAUACCAUGUCUAUUCCAUGACAAAUAUAGAGGGGCCGAUGUUUCAUAAUAAAAAAAAAAGGCGAGAAAAUACAAAAAAGACGACUAAAUGAGUAGGUUAGAGAGACUUUGGAGAAAAUCCUAAUGACCUGUAAAUAAUUUAGUUUACAAAGAGCAGCAUUUAAAAAACAAGAAAAAAUGCAAAAAGAAUACUACUUUAGAUAAACACUGAACAGGACACAGCGACAUUAUUAUUAUUAUUAUUAUUAUGAUUAUUAUUAUUACCACUAGUAACAUCAUGAUCCUCAUAAAGGGAUAUUACAUUCCAAAUUGUAAAAUGGGAAAUCACUAACCUAUUUUAAAUUUCUACUUAGAUUUUAGGUGAAGCUCGGGGGAGGGGGGGAUUGCACUUUUAUUCGGGAGGUUUUAAUAUUUGAGCUAUUUUUUAUUUAUUUACUAAUUUAUCAAUUAUUUUGUUUAUCGGGAGAAGGGGUUUGAGUGGGUUGCAAUAUUUUGAUUUUAGAAUUUUCUAGAGCAAAAACCUUUUGAGGGCCUGUUUCUGUCAGACUCUUGCAAUCGAGUAAUUAUAAUGUAUGUAUUAAUUAUUACAGCAAUUAUAUUUAUUUCUAAUUUAUUGAAUCCUGUUUUUGAUCCACUCUCUUUUUAAGUUAAAAUAAAAAGUAUCAUACUAAAUGUCCUAAUGUGAUUUG